CUUCUAUGUGAGCAAAGCUCAACACUGAGGCAACAGCAAUAAACAGAAGAGCUAAACUGAGACUCCACGAUUCUGUAACCAGAUUUGGAAUAUCAGAAAAAAUCCUGGUUCCUCAGUGUGUGAUUGCUAAAAAAUCUAAUUUACAUCCAUGCAGUUUUCUAAAACCUGUGACAUUAAAAAGUCAAAGGCAGCACGAUGUUCUCAUUUAUUAGGUCGCUUAUUCCGACUUCCUACUUCCUACCAGGGUGGCUGACUCUCGAUACAAAUCCACUGAAUAGUUUACUUCAAGGACUUGUAGGGGCUUGUGGGAUCUCUGUGCUAUGCUCCCUGAUAAGACUGUACUUAUUUCUAGAAGAGGAAAGUUCGAGUGAUAGAAAUGACACAUCAAGCCAGAGGACACCCAGUCAUCAGAGUAGAACUAACACUGGGCUUGUUGGGAAGCUCCAGUUUCUCUUUGUGACUGGGAUUCUGGCCGUAGUGGGCUCCCGCGUUGCCUCUCUGGUGGUGCUAGAGUUUUGUCUUCGAGCCGUCUCUGGAUAUCUUACAGCAGGACCUGAGUCCAAGAAAUUUGUACAGCAGCUGUUGGUUCAAAGCCAGUUCUCCCUCGGCUGUGCCUUAAGUUGCAGUUUGCACUUUAUCCAUGAGGGGGCGGCCCAGCGUUGGCUAUGCCUGCUCCUGGCAGCAGCACUCAGCUGGUUCCUGGCAAAGCAGUCCACGCUGCUGCUGCACCAUGCCCUGGCUCUGUAUAAGCUCCACAGCUCCCAGCGAUACUGCGGCGUUUGCAUCAGCCUCCUCACAUCUGGCCGCUGCCUGCUGCCCAUGCUGUGCAGGGCUAUGGUCAUCACGUUCUCUGUGGCUGUGGUGGCCGCCAUAUCAAUCAUCAAUCAACAAUUCCUGUCUGCAACUGAGGCCCUGAGGUUUUGGACCCCACUGACUAUCUGCUACACACUGUUGGUUGUGUACAUGCAGGAGGAGCAGCACCGUCUGCCCGGCAGCCAGGCUGUCCUGAACACAGUGGUGGUGCGUCUCGGUGGUUUGACGGUCCUGAUGCUGACUGUUGGACGUUGGGCUGACGUGCUUCACAUCCUAAUGUGUUUCCUGGGUGAGGCCAGCUGUCUAAUCCCCACUAAGGAUCUGCUAGAUGCGGCAUUAUCACAGGAGGAAGAGGAUUAUACACACUACAUGAAAAGAGAGCAUCAACGAAGACCACGGACACAAGAGAAGGAGGAUCGAAGAUAGACACUCAGGGAUCUCAAAAUCUUGUGGCACCACCUUUUAAUGACACUAAUAAGUCCUAUUAGGACGACACCAACACCAACAAUGAACACUUUUGUAUUUAGAAUGUCAUAUUUUUUCAUUAAAAAGUUCAAGGAGCA